ACGGGCCGGCACUGGGGCGCUGUCCCCCGGACUGCGGCACUGCCGGGGGAGGGCCGGACACCGUGUCGGAAGUUUGCCGAAGAAUUUACGGUGCUCCUCCAAAUAUUUAUGCUUUCCGCUGAAAAAAAAAACACCACCAGCAUGUAGCAAAUACAAACAUCUGAAACUUACGAGUUAAUGGUAAAGUAAUGGAUUCCAAAGAAUUGCUUAACCCGUCGGAUCGGGACGAAACCAGGAAAAAUGCACUCAUCAGUACCAAAGGAGGGAUCGUGAUGGACUUCCAUCCACCCUUCAGGGGUGGAGCUACUGUCCAAGCCCCUGUGUCUACAUCUCCUCUCCCUGCACCUUCUCAGUCGGAUUCCAGUCAGCAACCUGCUUUGGCUGACUUUCCAAAAGGAUUAGGAAACAAUGUGCCUCAGCCAGACCUUUCCAAGGCAGUGUCGCUCUCGAUGGGACUGUACAUGGGUGAAACAGACGCAAAAGUGAUGGGAAACGACCUUGGAUUUUCGCACCAGGGCCAAAUCCACAUCUCUUCUGGAGAAACGGACUUCAGGCUCCUGGAGGAAAGCAUUGCGAGCUUGAACAAGUCCUCGAGCCUGGCCGAGGACGCGAAGGGAACCGCGUCUUCUGAGGUGCCGCUCGAGCCGGAUUUCCCAGGCAUGGCCGGGCGCAGCGUCCCCGCGGAGUCGGGAGCUGCAGUCCAAAGCCAGGUGGGCUCGAAUGGUGGCAACUUGAAGUUGUUCUCUGAAGACCAAAGCACCCUGGAUAUCCUCCAGGAUCUGGAAUUGCCGCCGGUGUCGCCGGGCAAGGAGCCCAACGGGAGCCCGUGGCGGCUGGACCCGUUGCUCGAUGACGGUGGCUUGCUCUCCCCCAUAUCCGCGGACGACGCCUUUCUCCUGGAAGGAAGUCUCGGCGAAGACUGCAAGCCUCCUCUUUUAUCUGACACUAAACCUAAAAUUAAUGACCGUGGUGACCUUUUACCCAGUUCCAAAAUGCCAGUGCCACAAGUGAAAACAGAAAAGGAAGACUUCAUUGAACUGUGUACUCCUGGCAUCAAGCAGGAAAACAUGGGCCCGCUUUACUGCCAGGCCAACUUCUCCGGGUCGAACCUGCUGGGUACGAAAGUCUCGGCCAUCUCCAUCCACGGUGUCAGCACCUCUGGGGGACAGAUGUACCACUAUGAUUUAAAUACUGCGUCGCUCUCUCAGCAGCAGGAUCAGAAACCAAUUUUUAAUAUCAUUCCAUCUCUUCCUGCCGGGUCAGAAAAUUGGAAUAGGUGCCAGGGAUCGGGGGACGAGGCAUUGGCUCCGCUGGGAACGCUCAACCUCUCUGGCAGACCUGCUUUCUCUAAUGGCUAUUCAAGCCCUGGAAUGAGGUCAGAUGUAAGCUCUUCUCCAUCCACAACCUCAGCAACGACGGGACCACCUCCCAAGCUCUGCCUGGUGUGCUCUGACGAGGCCUCCGGGUGCCACUACGGUGUCCUGACGUGUGGCAGCUGCAAAGUGUUCUUCAAGCGGGCAGUGGAAGGACAGCACAAUUACCUGUGUGCCGGCAGGAACGACUGCAUCAUCGACAAGAUCCGCAGGAAGAACUGCCCCGCGUGCCGCUACCGCAAGUGUCUGCAGGCGGGCAUGAACCUGGAAGCUCGGAAGACGAAGAAGAAGAUCAAGGGGCUGCAGCAGGGCGGCGCGGCGGGCGCGCGCGAGGCUGCGGAGGCGGCGGGCAGCAAGAGCAUCGUGCCCGCGUCGCUGCCGCAGCUGACGCCCACCCUGGUGUCCCUGCUCGAGGUGAUCGAGCCCGAGGUGCUCUACUCCGGCUACGACAGCUCCCUGCCCGACUCCAGCUGGAGGAUCCUCUCCACGCUCAACAUGCUGGGCGGCCGCCAGGUGGUCGCUGCGGUCAAGUGGGCGAAGGCGAUCCCAGGUUUCCGAAAUUUGCACCUGGAUGACCAAAUGACCCUUCUGCAGUACUCCUGGAUGUUCCUGAUGGCUUUUGCUUUGGGCUGGAGAUCCUACAAGCAGUCCAAUGGCAACCUGCUGUGCUUUGCUCCAGACCUGAUCAUUAACGAGCAGAGGAUGAAUCUCCCGUGUAUGUAUGAACAAUGCAAACACAUGCUCAUGGUGGCCCGAGAGCUGUCCCGGCUCCAAGUCUCCUACGAGGAGUAUCUCUGCAUGAAGACGUUGCUUCUCCUCUCUACAAUUCCCAAGGAAGGCCUGAAGAGCCAGUCCCUGUUUGAGGAGAUCCGCAUGACGUACAUCAAGGAGCUGGGCAAGGCCAUCGUCAAGAGGGAAGGGAACUCCAGCCAGAACUGGCAGCGAUUUUAUCAACUGACUAAACUGCUGGACUCUAUGCAUGAUGUGGUUGAAAAUCUUCUGAGCUUUUGCUUCCAGACAUUUUUGGAUAAAUCCAUGAGUAUUGAGUUCCCAGAAAUGUUGGCAGAAAUCAUCAGCAAUCAGAUACCAAAAUAUUCCAAUGGAAAUAUCAAGAAGCUCUUGUUUCAUCAGAAGUGACUGCCUUAACACAAAGGGUUGCCUUAAGAAACCGUCACACGAUAGCUUUGUUUUGUAAAGAGAAAACCUACAGAACUUGUU